UUUUUAGUCACACUAAUGACUUCAGCAUGACCACAGCAUGCUUGAUUUGUUGGCUAGUUUUGAGUUUCAGCCUAAAAUUGCACAAAGAAUCUCUCCUUAAAAAGUGGAAAAGGUAAGGGACAGAAUAAAGCCGAAAAGUUGUCAUAUUACAGGGAGGGUUAACUUCGAAGAACACUACUUCAUUAUUAUCUUGCAUGUAAUUGUUGUAAUUUGUUCGUUCCCCUUCAGUCCUUGUCUGCUGACUGCAUUUUUACAUCAACUGUAUGUUAUCGCGGAAAAACAUCAUGGCAGAAUGCGUUCCAUCCAGAGCCACGGGAAUGGAAGGAGGAAUUGUGGUAAAUAGUUUCAAACUUUUUGUUUUGUAGUAGACUAUUGUUAUAUACCCAUAUUUAUCCUAUCUGUGGUUUGUUUUCUUGAGUAACUUGUUGCAGCUGAUUUCAGCUGAUCAAGCACUGUCUUCUGAUCAUGGACUUUUUAAAUUGAUAGGCUACUUACAGAUAUAGCCAAUUGGAAUAUUGCAUUAAUGAAUUGAUCAUAUCUUUGCAAGUGUUCCUUAUCUUUGUUUAUCAUAUCUUAGAUUAAAGAUGAUUGGCCCGGAUACAGUUUAGAGCUCUUCACUUAUCCAGAGCAUUACCGUGAAGAUAUAGAGAGUGUCUACAUUCCACAUGGGGUUAUCAUGGACAGGUAAAAUUUAUUUUAUAAUCUGGAGGAAAUUCAUACAAACCUUUUCACCAACUUGCUGAGGUGAUCAGAAGCCAAUGUACUAUUAUAUUUAUGUUAUUGUAGUUACAAUAUGGAACAUACAUUACUACAGUACUGUGCUUUAAAGGAUGCUCUUAAAUAGGAAUAUCACCCCCUUUUUAAAAAUCCUUAUCACUGGACUUGACCCACUUUAUUGGUCUUCUCCUGGUGCACUCAUUGGCCUGGGUUCACAGCUCUGAUUUUCUACCUCAUGUGGAAAGGAAUGCUGGUGCGUGCCACAUUUCUACCAACCAGGGAGGCUUGGAGGACUUCAAGAAGUCAUUGAGUUGAGAACUGUGUAUUGAAAGUACACAAUAAACUAUACCAUUGUGUGUGCGCGUGUGCGUGCGUCAUACACACUGAAUGCCUUGGCAAUUAGUGAUAAAGCGUCAACUCUAUGGUAUCAUGUGACCUCAAAAUUUAAUCACACACUGCUCUGUCUGUGUAAUUGUGAUUUUCUGGGGAGGUUUAACAUGAUUUGUACUGUAGGACGGAGCGCCUGGCCCGACACAUCAUGGAUGACAUUGGGGAUCAUGACAUGGUGGUGCUGUGUGUACUGAAGGGAGGGUACAAGUUCUGUUCUGACCUGGUGGAGUUCAUUAAGGUACAAUGCCGCAACUCCAACAAGCACCUGGAGACCAGAGUGGAGUUUAUUAGGCUGAAGAGCUACCUGGUAAGUAACAUCAAGUUCUUUUAAAGUCUUUUGAAAAGGCUGUAUCAUCACAUCAUUUAUCAGUCGCUUGUGAUGAAGUUAGAGAUAAACAUAGUAGUGAAUAUGAGGUUCUCUAGUUUCAUGUAGUUGAGGAGCUGCUUGGUUGGUGCCACAAUAUCCUACUAUUUAUUUGUCCUUUGAAAUCUUCUGCAUGUAUUGUUUAUGCAGCUGGGCUUCUCUUCACCAGAGCAACUGGGAGGCCUGUUCAGAUGCUGUAUCGUCAAUGUAUAACAUUCAAAUCUCGAAAUGGUCAUAUUUUAGCACUGACUUCAGAACAUUCAGGAAAAUACUUGAGUUGAAUAGAAAUAGAAGCAACCUGUUAUUUCUGUUAUUAAUAAUUGGUUCAUGUUUGGAGAUGGAAGAGUAUAUAGUCUGUCUGAGUGUGUGUGUGUGUGUGUGUGUGUGUGUGUGUGUGAAUGUGUAUGUGUAUGUGUGUGUGACUUUGUUGAGCUACACAAUCAAUUUGAGAGACUUUUGGUAAUGUAGUAGUGUAUGUGGACACCUGCUCGGAGUUGGUCCCCCCUUUGCUGCUAUAACAGCCUCCACUCUUCUGGGAAGGCUUUCUACUAGAUGUUGGAACAUUGCUGCAUGGACUUGCUUCCAUUCAGCCACGAGCAUUAGUGAGGUCAGGCACUGAUGUUGGGCAAUUAGGCCUGGCUCGCAUUCGGUGUGUCAAUUCAUCCCAAAGGUGUUCGAUGGGGUUGAGGUCAGGGCUCUGUGCAGGCCAGUCAAGUUCUUCCACACUGAUCUCGACAAACCAUUUCUGUAUGGACCUUGCUUUGUGCACAGGGGCAUUUUCAUGCUGAAACCAGAAAGGGCCUUCCCCAAACUGUCACCACAAAUUUGGAAGCACAGAAUCGUCUAUAAUGUCAUUGUAUGCUUAGCGUUAAGAUUUCCCUUCACUUGAACUAAGGGGUCUAACCCGAACCAUGAAAAACUGCCCCAAACCAUUAUUCCUCCUCCACCAAACUUUACAGUUGGCACUAUGCAUUUGGGCAGGUAGCGUUCUCCUGGCAUCCGCCAAACCCAGAUACGUCCGUCGGACUGCCAGAUGGUGAAGCGUGAUUCCUCACUGCAGAGAACGCGUUUCCACUGCUCCAGAGUCCAAUGGCGGCGGGCUUUACACCACUCCAGCCGACGCUUGGCAUUGCACAUGGUGAUCUUAGGCUUAUGUGCGGCUGCUCGGCCAUGGAAACCCAUUUCAUGAAGCUCCCAAAAACAGUUAUUGUGCUGAUGUUGCUUCCAGAGGCAGUUUGGAACUUGGUAGUGAGUGUUGCAACCGUGGACAGACAAUUUUUACGCGCUACACACUUCAGCACUCGGCAGUUGACCGGGGCAGCUCUAGCAGGGCAGAAAUUUGACAAACUGACUUGUUGGAAAGGUGUUAUCCUAUGACGGUGCCACGUUGCAAGUCACUGAGUCCUUCAGUACGUGCCAUUCUACUGCCAAUGUUUGUCUAUGGAGAUUGCAUGGCUGUGUGCUCAAUUUAUAUACCUGUCAGCAACGGGUGUGGCUGAAAUAGCCGAAUCCACUCAUUUGAAGGGGUGUCCACAUACUUUUGUGUGUGUAGUGUACUUUAGGAUGGUUCGAUAUGAGCGUUAGGAAAUUAGCUUAAGGAAAUUAAACGUGAAAUGAGAAAUUAUUGGAAAUGAUAACUUUUUCAGUCUCCUCAUUGUGCGCUAUACUCCUAUGAAAGGUCAUGAAUUUCUGUCACAUCGAUUAAGGCAGCCCCCCGCACAUUUCUGAUUCAGAGGGGUUGGGUUAAAUGCGCAAGACCAAUUUCGGUUGAAUGCAUUCGGUUGUGCAACUGACUAGAUAUCCCCUUUCACUUGGGAUUUUGUAUUUUGGCUAACUCAGCAUCUGAAAUAUCUGACUCCAGCAUGAUUGUAGAAUUGAGCUGACCUGAAUGACAGUGUCUGUAUUAGCUCCAUUGUCACUGUCCUUUAUUCUGGCCCUUUUCCAUUCCAUCUAAAGCCUCACUGUCUAAAUGAUAGUGAUUAUGUAGACACUAGACAGUCACCAUCAUGGACAUUUCACUGAUCUGUGCAGCAUAGUCAUCCUGGAUGUCAUGUUUGGGGACAUCUCUGUGAGGUUAUCUGUGUCUUGCCUCUGUCCAGGACAGAAUGGUGACUGUUCACACACUCAAUACCGUUUUUUUCUUCUUCUCUAGAAUGACCAAUCAACAGAGGACCUGCACAUAAUAGGAAGUCAAGAUCUAUCUGUUCUACGAGGCAAGGUAUGUACAUGCUUAAAUAAAUUGGAAUGAUUUAUUUCUGUAAAUAAUCUUUCCAUUGCUAUCCCUCUGGGAAUUUAGAUUAUAUGCUGUCAGAUACCCUUUGUUCUAAAGAAUUUGAGCGUGAAGAACGUUUUUGAUAUAAGGUCAUAACUAGCCACAAGGGGGCGCACUCAGCUCUGCUGUUGAGUGUUGACAGGGCUCUUGGAAAUGUAUCAGUGUGCUCAUUUGGGUGGUAAAGGAAGAAAGAGAAAGACACACACACUUUUAAGACAAAUUCAGAUAAGGUAUACGAUCUAUAAGAAGAAAUAAGAAGAUUGAGCUGAAGAAUGAACUACCCCUGGUAUAUUUCACAUAGGUGUGGCCCUCUAUGUCUAAGGAGUGGGCCCAACGAAUCACCACAAGGCAUAGUAGAUCCAUAUAAUGAAAAUACAUAUUUUGACUCUAUGGCAUGAGGCAAGGUUUAGGUCCUUCCAUAAGAGACAGACAGUUUAAGACAUUCCUGCGUAAAAUUGUGUCUACUAAACUACAUUUCUGGACUGGAGCGAAGAGAGUGAACCCAGUGUCAUCCUGCGUUCAUUCGGCUGGUCAUACAUUUUGGGGUUUUCCCUGACAACCGUCCUCUUUGUGUACCCUUCAUAAGUGUAACUUUGUCAGUGUGUUGCAGCCAUCACCAGGUUGAGAAUGAAUCACUCAUCUAGUCCUAUCCUCUUCCUAAGGAAAUACUUGACGAUAAAAAAUAGGGUUUUGGUGGAUCAUCAUCCACCCCACACAGUACCAUUGAAAGAUUUGAUGGAGUUUAUGUCAACGGUGCUCAAGAUGAUGGUAUGUGAGUGGUGUUGGGAGUGAUGCCCCCAUCUAGAAAGAAUGUAGUCUUACAGCACAGAGUUACUGUCUCUAUCUCAGUAGCAAGGUAUAUUUUAGGAGUCAGAAGAGGACACCGGCAAUGUCAUGCAAAAAUUUUUUUAACAUACAACUGAACAGGCAAAAACCUUAACUAAGAUUUGUUUUUGCUCAGGGUUAGGAGGUCAACAAGAAUAGCUGUCUGUCUAACCCAGCAAAUUUGCGCAAGUCAGGAACAUUAAUCUUCACCAUGGGUAACUAGAUGGCUGCCAUCAAUCUUCACUAAAUGGCUGCCAUCUCAGCGUCAUGCCGUCAUCCCAUGGCACAGCUGAGUGGUGCCAGUCAUUGGGGCAUGUGCCAGUCAUAAGGGGUGCCAGUUAUUAGGGGCGUGGACUCUGGCCAACCGUCAACUAGCAUUAUUGGCAAUGGCAUACCAUUUAUAGCACUUGCUUUUCCUAAUCCCAAAUGUCAUCAUGGAAAGUCGAGGUGUGUUAAAGUUCAAAUGCAUAACACUGUUGCAAAUAUGUAAGUGGGGGAGGCUGGCUGGAUAGGUUCAAGAACAGAUCUGUCAAAUGACUUGAUUUUGCAGGAUUCUCUGCAUGGGGUCGAGUUUCUAUAGCUUACCUCCUUUCCCAGUCCAUCAUCAGCAGAAGGGAGGCAAGUACAGGAUUUUAUUUGGGAUUUUAGCAAUAGGACAGAUAGCGGAAUGAGGGCAAAAGCCUUUGGGUGUAGUGGAGGGGGUUAGAAUGAUGUAACACAUUGUCUGGUAGAAUAAUACACCAAUUACCUCCAAGCAUUUGUGUUUCGUAUCUUUAACAUUCUUGAGGGGAAAUGUAAUCCAUAUUGAAUAAGGUCAUAUAAAAGCCACUGAUGUGGUUUUUUGAGGCUGUUUUGUUUACCUCUUUUUCAUGUGGCAAAGCAGGUUAGUUCUGCUCAAGGUUUCCAUGUUUUCUCUCUCUCUACUACACUAAACAAAAAUAUAAACGCAACAUGUAAACUGUUGGUCUCAUGUUUCAUGAGCUAAAAUAAAAGAUCCCAGAAAUGUUCCAUACUCACAAAAAGCUUAUUUCUCUCAAAUGUUGUACACCAAGUUGUUUACAUCCCUGUUAGUAAGCAUUUCUCCUUUGCCAAGAUAAUCCAUCCACCUGACAGGUGUGGCAUAUCAAGAAGAUGAUUAAACAGCAUGAUCAUUACACGAUGGGGUUAUGGUAUGGGAAGGCAUAAACUACAGACUACGAACACAAUUGCAUUUUAUCGAUGGCAAAAAUACUGUGACGAGAUCCUGAGGCCCAUUGUGAGGCCCAUUUUUUUAAAGGUAUCUGUGACCAACAGAUUCAUAUCUAUAUUCCCAGUCCUGAAAUCCAUAGAUUAGGGACUAAUUAAUUUAUUUCAAUUGACUGAUUUCCUCAUAGUCUCCUGAGUGGCGCAGUGGUCUAAGGCACUGCAUCGCAGUGCUAGCUGUGCCACUAGAGAUCCUGGUUCGAAUCCAGGCUCUGUCGUAGCCGGCCGUGACCGGGAGACCCAUGGGACGGCGCGCAAUUGGCCUAGCGUCGUCCAGCGUAGGGGAGGGAAUGGCCGGCAGGGAUGUAGCUCAGUUGAUAGAGCAUGGCGUUUGCAACGCCAGGGUUGUGGGUUUGAUUCCCACAGGGGGUAUGAAAAAAAAUAAAAAUAAUGUAAGUUGCUCUGGAUAAGAGCGUCUGCUAAAUGACGUAAAUGUAAUAUGAACUGUAACUAAUAUCUUUGCUCAGCAUAGUUACAUGUCCUUACUCCCUAUUCAUAGUUUUACAUAACACGGUUCAGGUGUAGCGUGUAGGCCCACAACAUUGGCCUCCUGCCUGCAUUCUCUCAGAGCACUCGCCUCAAACCAUAGAUACACUCCACCAGCCAGACAAAGAGCCUCAUACACAGCCAAGGGGGGAAAGCUGUCAUUUGAACCCCUGCACCAGAGAAAGAGUCCAACUGUAAUUAUCUUUCUGUCUAAGAUAUUUGGAAGUGCAUUUGGCUCAGUGUUAGGAACAACUGUACAUUAUGAGGGAGUAUAAUGACAUGUCUGUGUGUCUCUUUGGGACUAAAAUUAGAUCCAAGAUUGUCACUAUAGCUACAGUCUAACAAGUGUGAAGUCAAACUCCCAAGUAUUUGCCCCUAUGUUUGAAUGGAAGUUGUUGUGAUGUUGCAGUUCAGAGAUGUUAAAGAUGGGUUUCUCUCUUUUUUUUACAUGGCACAAAGAAUGUCUUGAUUGUAGAGGUAAGUGACUUGCAUCAUCUCAUGGUACAGUAUUGCAAAUGCCUUGAAUUUGCCUUGAUGCCUUGAAUAAAGUUGAUAAAAAUUGUCAAAGACUCCAGCCACCCAAGUCAUAGACUGUUCUCUCUGCUACCGCACGGCAAGCGGUACCGGUGCACCAAGUCUGGAACCAACAGGACCCUGAACAGCUUCCAUCCCCAAGCCAUAAGACUGAUAAAUAGUUAGUUAAACAGUUAACCAAAUAGCUACCCGGACUAUCUGUAUUGACCCUUUAUGCACUAACUUUAUUGACUCAUCACAUAAGCUGCUACUGUUUAUUAUCUGUCACUUUAUUCCUAGUUAUAUGUACAUACAGUAUCUACCUCAAUUACCUUGUACCCCUGCACAUCGACUUGGUACUGGUACCACUUGUACAUAACCAAGUUAUUGUUACUCAUUGUGUAACUAUUAUUACUUUCAUUAUUACGUGUUUUACUUUUCUAUUAUCUAUCUAUUUUCUUUUUCUCUGCAUUGUUGGGAAGGGCCCUUAAGUAAGCAUUUCACUGUUAGUCCACACAUGUUGUUUAUGAAGUACAGUGCCAUGAAAAAGUAUUUGCCCCCUUUCUUAUUUUCUCUGUUUUUACAUGUUUUUUAUACCGAAUGUUAUCAGAUCUUCAACCAAAACCUAAUAUUAGGGAACCUGAGUAAAACAAUAUUUAAAAAAUUGAUACUUAUUUUAUUUAUUUAAUUAACAAAGUUAUGCAACAUCCAAUUCCCCUGUGUGAAAAAGUAAUUGCCCCCUUACACUCAAUAACUGGUUGUGCCACCUUUAGCUGCAAUGACUCCAACCAAACGCUUCCUGUAGUUGUUGAUCAGUCUCUCACAUCACUGUGGAAGAAUUUUGACCCACUUGCAUGCAGAACUGCUAUAACUGCUAUAACAUUUGUGGGUUUUCAAGCAUGAACUGCUCGUUUCAAGUCCUGCCACAACAUCUCAAUUGGGAUUAGGUCUGGACUUUGACUAGGCCAUUCCAAAACUUCAAAUGUGUUGCUUUUUGACCAUUUUCGUGUAGACUUGAUUGUGUGUUUUGGAUCAUUGUCUUGCUGCAUGACCCAGUUGCGCUUCAGCUUCAGCUCACAGACGGAUGGCCUGACAUUCUCCUGUAAAAAGCUCUGAUACAGAGCAGAAUACAUGGUUCCUUCUAUUAAGGCAAGUCGUCCAGAUCCUGAGGCAGUGAAGCAUCCUUAAACCAUCACACUACCACCACCAUGCUUGACCGUUGGUAUGAUGUUCUUACUGUUGAAUGCAGUGACAUAAUGGGACCCGUCUUGUCCAAAAAGUUGACUCAAGUUUGCCAAAAAGCACCUGGAAGCACCUGGAUGAUCAUCAAGACUCUUGGAAGAAUGUUCUAUGGACAGAUGAGUCAAAAUUAUUACUUUUUGGACGAGAUGGGUCCCAUUAUGCCUGUCAAAAACCAAACACUGCAUUCCACAGUAAGAACCUUAUACCAACGGUCAAGCAUGGUGGUGGUAGUGUGAUGGUUUGGAGAUGCUUUGCUGCUUCAGGACCUGGACGACUUUCCUUAAUAGAAGGAACCAUUAAUUCUGCUCUGUAUCAGAGCUUUUUACAGGAUAAUGUCAGGCUAUCUGUCUGUGAGCUGAAGCUGAAGGGCAACUGGGUCAUGCAGCAAGACAAUGAUCCAAAACACAAAAUCAAGUCUACAUGAAAAUGGUUAAAAAGCAACAAAUUUGAAGUUUUGGAAUGGCUUAGUCAAAGUCCAGACCUAAUCCCAAUUGAGAUGUUGUGGCAGGACUUGAAACGAGCAGUUCAUACUUGAAAACCCACAAAUGUCGCUGAGUUAAAGCAGUUCUGCAUAGAAGAUUGUGCCAAAAUUCCUCCACAGCGACGUGAGAGGCUGAUCAACAACUACAGAAAGUGUUUGGUUGGCGUCAUUGUAGCUAAAGGUGGCACUAGUUAUUGAGUAUAAGGGGGGCAAUGACAUUUUCAAACAGGGGCGUUUGGUGAUGGCAUUAUUUUGUUUAUGAAAUAAAUAAAAUACGUUUGUAAUUGUUGUGUUAUUUCUUCACUCAGGUUCCCUUCAACUAACAUUAGGUUUUGGUUGAAGAUCUGUUAACAUUCCGUAUGAAAAAUAUGUAGAGAAAAUUAGAAAGGGGCAAAUACUUUUUCACAGCACUGUAUGUGAGGAAUACAAUUUGAUUUGGUUUGAUCUAUAUGCAGGCUUAUUAUAUUAUACAGUAGGCCUAUAAAUAUGCCAUAUUCCCUCCUGCUUAUGAAUAAAUAUGAAAUGUAAUAUACGAAAAUAUUGAAUUUCUUCACUUAUUCUGAUUUACUAUUUUGAUAAUCAGGUCUUAAAUAAUGCAAUAACAACCAAACGGCAAGGGAUCGAUAAAUUGCAUAGAUUACAUCAUAACAUAUAACAUGCCUAUCAUUGCAUACAGGCAAUAAUUGCUUUAAAUUAAUAGUUUUCCUGCUACCCUCCAAGCUCCUGGUGCACAUAGGCCAGACCUCUCUUUUUUGUAUUUUUUUCCCCCUUUGAGAUGUUUCAGAUGUGAAAGUUUCCAGACUGAAGUCAUCCAUGCAUAAACACUAGGCCUUCACCACAUGAUGGCUGUUUAGCCAACACUCUAGAGGAAAAACAGCAUCUGAGAUCCAAUCAACAUUCUAGAUAGGCUGUGUGAUAUACACACACAUACACAACUGCAUGAAUUUUGUCACAUUGCAUUCUGCACUUCUAUAUAAUUCGUGUAAUUGUUAAUCAGAGAUUUCAAGGAACAAUUUCAAAGCAAAGCAAAACAUUGUCAUUGAUAUCUGUAAAAAAUCUGUGGAUUCAUGUUAUCGGUUGCUAUUGCGAUCCAUUCUCUUCUGAGAGCAGUCCACAUUCAUGGCCCUCCCUUCCUCUAUCCCUCUUCUUUCCCAUGUCUCUAGGCUAUAGUCGACACAGGAAAGACCAUGAAGGCCCUUCUGAAGCAUGUGGAGGCCUUUGAACCCAAGAUGGUCAAGGUCGCCGGGUGAGUCAGUCUGUCAGAGCUCUCCAUGUCCACGGAAUGCCGAGCCUGUGACAGCCACAGGAACAAUGUAAAGUUUGCAAUUGUGUUUCAUUGCUUGAAUUCAACUAUGUUAGUAUAUAAUUGUUUUAAUAAAUCAAUCCUUAUGUAUACCCCAAUAUAUUUUAGAUUUAGAAUGGCAUAGGUACUGUACUGUAUGCCCUUAGUUUCCACUUUGAAGCUUCCGUAAUCAGUGUUGUUCCUGUCUGAAUGAUAAGAAUAGCUACCCUAUCGCCAUCUUCACUAUAAUCUAGGCAUGAACUGCUUAUGUAGUAUCACUGUAAAUUGUUUUAAUCUGAGAUCAAAUCUCUUCUGCAUGAUUCAUUGCAAAUGAUUGUGGAGAUUAGCUUCGUUAAUGGUUGUACUGUCAUGUCUGUUUCAGUCUGCUGGUGAAAAGGGUCCCUAAUGUGGUUGGAAGCCUUCCAGACUGUAAGUGCAUCUCUAUUUAAUGUCAUCCAUGAUGCCAUCCAGGAUUUCACUCAUCCUUCAUUCAUCCUUCAGAAUAAGAUUUAUACUGUACAUGUCAUGUUACUGAUAUCUCAGUCUAAAGCCCAGGUGGUUUCGAAUAUUGAAUGAGCUUGUAUUUUAAAUGUUGUAUGUUUAAUACAUUACAAGGUGCUUUGUUUGAGGUUGGUAUUUGAUCGUGAGACAUUUCGAGAAGAUUUUCUGCUAUACAGACCUAAUAUAACCCCUGACAUUGACUCAAGUUUGAAUUUAUGGUUUAUUCAGACCAUCUCUACAUAUUUAGCAUAUCAAAUUUUCUGUGUCUGUAUAUGUUUUAACAGAUGUGGGGUUUGAAAUUCCCAACCGUUUUGUCGUGGGCUAUGCCUUGGACUACAACGAGUAUUUCCGUGACCUGAAUGUAAGACCCUACUUUUACUUCUGAACUACACAUGACCUUUUAGUUUAAAGAGCUGUUUGAAAGGGAUGAAAGAGCCGGGAGCUGAGAGUAAACAUAGUCAAAGAGACACUUCUCUCCCUGAAAUCUAAACUCACCCAGGUAUCCUCGGUGUGUGUUUGUGUGUAUCCCUGUGUGUCUCUCUCUGUGUGUGUGUCUCUGUGUGUGUGGGUGUCUCUCUCUCUCUGUGUGUGUGUGUGUGUCUCUCUGUGUGUCUCUCUCUGUGUGUCUCUCUGUGUGUGUGUGUCUCUGUGUGUGUGGGUGUCUCUCUCUCUCUCUCUCUCUGUGUGUGUGUGUGUGUGUGUGUGUGUGUGUGUGUGUGUGUGUGUGUGUGUGUGUGUGUGUGUGUGUGUGUGUGUGUGUGUGUGUGUGUGUGUGUGUGUGUGUGUGCGUGCGUGCGUGCGUGUGUGUGUGUGCGGGUGCUCGUUGGGGCGCAUGGGCCUUCGAGUGUGUGCGCGUUCGGGGGUGUGUAUGUGUGCACUGUAUGUUUUGGAAUACCUGUAUGUUUUCCUGACCUCUUGCACUGUGCCCCAUGCCAACACUCGUAUGUUAAAUUGAGUUACAGUGUUCUUAUUUUAAAUGUACUGCCCUUACCUCUAUUAUGAAUACCUGUAUCAAGGAGAUACUCAGAUUUGUCUGAAACACAGCACCCCAAACUCACACCCGCACCUUUGGCCUGUGUGUGUUUUGUGUGUGUUUGCGUGUGUUUGCGUGUGUGUGUGUGUGUUUGUGUGUGUGUGUGUGUGUGUGUGUGUGUGUGGUAUUCAUUACAGAAAUUGGAAGGAAGGUCAAACCAGGAAUGUAACGGUUAGGAUCUGCUUAUCUGGCAGAGUGAGGGCUUCCCUUCUCAUCUUAGACAUCUUAAUUCCCCACUUAACGACUAUUAGUAAUACCAGUUAGCACAUGCUACAUAUCAGUACAAUCAUAUGAUUGUUAUCAAGGAAGUGUUCAUUUAUCAGUUUGAGAUUGACCUUCGAUGACCUUUGAACCCUGAAUCUUUAAAUUAUGUAAAGUUCAGUGCGCUAGCAUAAUGGAGAGGCGAGAUGAUUCCUGUCAUAUGGGGAAAGUCUGACCUUGCUUUCCCAAAUUCACAUCCCUCCACAAUCUCUAAUCAACUCAAAACAUUUAUCUUCUGAGGGCUCGUCGUCACCGUGGUAUUUCAACACUCCAGCAGAUAAAACACAACAGAUAACUAAUUUAUGUUCUGUAAACAUGGGGGAUUAAAACAUAUUUCAGUGACGUUCUAUAAACGAUCAAAGUGUUGCUCGCUUGAUUUAACAUCUGACUGAGCGGAACAACUCUCUUUCUCUUCCUCCCUCUAGCAUAUCUGUGUCAUAAGUGAGAUUGGAAAAGUGAAGUACAAGAUUUGAAGAGAAGUCACAUGGGUUGUUCAGAGUUGCAGUGUUUUCAACUUGUGGCAGCAUGACAAGUGCCUUCCCUUCUCAUAUCUUCGUUCGUGCUCUGUUGUGGAUUAUUGUUGGUUUAUUCAUUUCAUAAUAAGAGACACCUUGCAUGUGCUUUAUGCAAAACAUAUAAGUUCUGAGUUAUUCAAGUUACAUACAACCUUGAUUUCCAAAUUUUAAGACAGUCACACAGUGAAUUAUUUUUUUCAUUUUUUUUUUCAUAUGCUAUUGUUUUUGUAAACAUCAUAUUACAGUGUUGACAGAAUAUGCUUUAACGUAAUAUGCAUCUAUAACUUUAUAUGUAAAAUACUAAUGUUGUCACCAAUUAUCUAAUAUGUGCCAAGCACAAAAAAUAAAACAAGAAAGAGUCUGGGUUAUCAGUGGCCGAUUGCUUUUGAUUGAAAGAGAAGAGGUUGAAAGAAGGAGUUGAAUGUUGGCCUAAAGAGGGAGCACCCCAGCCUGAAAUGUAUGUUCUGACUGUCUAUUUUACCCAGCUGUUUAUCCAAAACAACACUGCCUG